AAGAUAGUUACCCACAAUGCAAUAGCAUUUCCCACAAUGCAAUGGACUCAACAAUCAUCGUAGCGAGCACAAACGAAGAUGAACUAGUCGAUAUAGAAAAUGAUGAUGCCACAUUCGGAAAUUGUGCUUAUGAUGAUGUCACAAUUGAUUCAUCAGUAACCAACAAAACAAUUCUUCAUCAAGAAACAAUCAAUAUUUCUCCCAAUGGUGGAAAUUCACGUUAUGAUGACACAAACCUUCCAUUCAAACGAACUAAAACUGACAAAAUAGGAAAAUCAACUGAGUUAGUUCAUGAGAACGAUCUCACUAGAUGGUGGAGGUCAGCGAAUGAGUUCAAGAGGUCAAACGUACCAGGAAGUAACAACGCGAGUGAUGCACAGGACGGACCUGGGCAUUUAGAACUUGAUCCAAUGUUGCGGGAACCAGUAUCAUCAGAUAGUUCUGGAAUGUCGGCAACAGAAGGAGAGGCGAACACUGAUGUCACCUACUAUGAUGAUUCUGGUGAUAUAUUUUUACCCCCCAAGAGGGAGCGAGAACUACCACUCGAUGUCAUCAGUGAGGAAGAGCGAGAAGUGUUUCCUGAAUUCUUUAGCGGCCAAACAAAAUAUUGUCCGGGAAAAUAUCUUAAUAUCAGGAACGCUAUCCUGAGGUUAUGGAUUCAGAACAAGCCAUCUCAUGUCAACAAAGUCAUGCUACGUCCCAUUCUCAAGAAAGGUUGUGGCAACGUCAAUAAUAUCGGACGCAUACACAGAUACCUUGAAUCAGUCGGUGCAAUAAACUAUGGGAGUGACCUGGUCUGGUGGAAAAAGCAAAAGAAACGACAGAAGCCAAGAAAUCGACCUCAACCAACCAACAACCAUACAGCUCUGGAUACAGAUUUCAAACUCAAACGGGCCUUAGAGCAAAGAAUGAGUGGAAGAAGUCGCAAAAGGCCCGCCUCCAUCAUCCCUGCCACAGACGAUCUGAUUGGUGGAUACACGAUCGAUCAUGCGAAUAACAAUCAAAUUGUGAUCCCACAAAGCAAGAAAGAGCCGCAACCCAAGUCAAAUGUUAACAAAUUCAAAUUGAUAAAAUGCAAAGAAUACGAAUAUGAAGUCGAUUGCCCUUAUGAUGUCACAAUCCAUGCAUCGGCAUUGAUUGUUGUGGAUGCUCAUUCGCAUUUAUCAAGACAUGAAGUUAUGGGGCUGCUUGGAGGCUAUAUCACCAAUGACGAUAAGGGAAGAAUCAAAGUUCAUAUUGUGUGCGCUCAACCAUGUAAAAGUUCAAGUUCUGCGAGGCAUUGUGAGAUGAACUCAGUUUCGCAGGCUGUUGCAAAUGAUCACAUAACCACUAGAGGUCUCACAGUGAUUGGUUGGUACCACUCCCACCCUACGUUUCCUUCCCAUCCAUCAGAGACCGACAUCAAGACACAGUUUGAGCAACAAACGAUGUUCUCGAAUCAUGGCUCAGUGUUCCUUGGCUUGAUUAUCUCCAGCCACCACAGAUAUAAAGUUAAAUCUGAAGUUAAUAUUGUGCAUAUUGAGAAAGGAGGUACCGACAUGCCAGAAACUCCAUUUCGCAUACCAUUUACUGUUGAUGACACACUUCCUAAUGGUGGUAGCAGAGGUCUACUGAUCAAUAUUCUGUCCGAACUGACUGAAAGUGCUUCGGCAGACCCAUCGAGCCGUAUUGCGCAAUUACAUGAUCCGAUAGUCGAGGGAUCAACUAUUACGCAAUUAGAAAAAAUUAUGAAAUCCCUUUCAUCCCUUGUGAUAACACAUUGUGACAGCAAUGAGACUUCUCAGCGGACCAAAAUUGCCGAAACCAAAUAUGAUGAUAGUUUGGUCGCUUUGCCAAAAUCUAUUUCCUUAACUGAUCCUUUCAUGGCCGGUGAUGCAGAACAGUUAAAUUCAAUUUAUAACGGAACUAAUGAUUCCUACGCUAUCAGUUCGAAUUUUUCGUUAUUUUCUGAGAAUUCGUUUGAUGAUUAUGAUGUCAUUAGUCAUUGUGACAUUAUUAGCCAAUGCGAUAAUGAUGUCACAAAUAUGACCUCAGAAAACGAAUCGGCAUCGGAUAUGUCAUCAGUUACCUGGAAGAAUAUUUUAGAUGAAUUUAAAGUUUUAUUAUUCAAUGCAAAUUCUAAAAGUUUGGAAAAAAUCACUUGAAUUUAGGAGGUUCUGAAAUUAUUGUUUAAUUUGAAGAUUUUUCGUUAAGGUGUAGAUGCGAUUUGAGCGUAAGAAAACAGUUAGGAUUUAUAUCCUGGGAAUUUUAGGGCACAGGCCUUGCUGUUUUCCUGACAGGGUUGACUUGAAGUCUCUUGGCAAUGGUGAUGCCAUGCGUAUAUUGUGAAAUUGUUGCACUAUUUUUCAAGAUGAAGUAAUAUAGCAAUAUUUUUAUCUGCAAAAGUGUGAUUUUAUUAAAAAUGUAAUAGUUUAUUUUUUGUAGUGUCUGUCGAUUUUAACAGUUUAUCGGUGAAUAGGAGCUGGGUAAAUUCUAACAGACUGCAGAGGAAGUCCGGCCUUUUUUGUAACAGUUUAUAUUGUCACAAAGAAACUGAUUUUUGUGUCGUGCUAUGGGUGAGCACUGAAGUGCCGAAGGCUACUGAAACUAAAACUGUUAUUAAGUACCGAUUGAAAAAAACAGUUCAUGUCGAUACAA